AUGGCGAUGGACCUGUUCUAUGCGUAUGCCCUGUCCUCGCAGCUAAGAGUCACGCAGGAACUUAUGUUUUCUAUGCCAGCCCACAUAAUUUCCUUGACUACGAUAGUAGGCUUUAUUCUUGCUGGGUAUAUUUCGUUGCCACUUCGCGGCCUUCUCACCUGUACGCUUGUGGGGUCGGCUAUCCCUGUUUUAAUCUGCGGAAUCGUCUUGACAGCGGGGGCAGCUCCUGUAAGCUCCUGUAGCUAUGGACUUGCCGCAUUUGUGGGGAUUGCGCUCGGGAUUCGUGUCCCCGGCAUCUUUGUCUAUAUGCUUGAUGUGAGUCGGAGCCGAUUGGGGAACCGUUCAGGGCUCGUGAUCUCUGGAUAUCUCUUUGCCUUUUGUCUAUGUCUAGUGCAGCAAGCGUUUCUUUACCAAGCCAUUGGAAUGACAACCUUGAACAAGGCGACCUCGUCUACAACUUCGUCUGAAUUGUCAGCACUAUAUACAACUGCCAUAACGCCACAUAUUUCCUAUCUGACACUUUCUUAUGGCAUUGUUUUAUCCCUGGGAAGUCUUAUUUUCGUUAUUAGUGCAAUGCCACACAAGCUUGAUCCUAAAUCCGGGGAUUACAAGCCGCAAACAAAGCGCCAAAAAAUUUCAUCGUUCAGAGCUGUAUCCUCUGAGGUUGCAGCCCCUAUUGUCUCUCCAUUUCACAUUACUGGGGUUAAAGUGGGAGAUCAGUACAUCGCGAAUUCCUCUUCGCACUUGAGCACUGCAAGCCCCCGGACAGCCUAUUCUAGCACCAUCAAGACGCCUCUAGAUAUUGCACAGGCAGAGUCAAAUCCCCAUGCGGUUCUCUCGUCAACUACCAAUGGGUCGGUUAUGUUUGCGGUCCAUAGCGUUAAUACCAUGAAGAAUAUGACCUUUGCAGCAUAUGAAACAUCCUUCAAUAAUAGCGGUAACGAUGUCCGACAUAACGGAGUGAAGACUCUUCGCCUGUUCAACAAGGGUGUCCACAAUAGACUUGCGUAUCAAAUAUGCGCCUUGGUGUGCUUGUUAGCGUCUCUGGAGAUUCUGUUUGCCGCGCUAGCUUACGUUCAGUACAAUCUCUCGUCUAUAGGGCACCUGAGGACGAUAUUCCUCCGCCUGGUACCGGAUCUGGACAAAAUAGGAGGCUCUACGGGCAGCACUGAUCCGUCUAAAAGGCUAUAUUUACAAAACCUUUUUGCGCUGGCAAUCUGGUGCGGAGUCUCCUGCUUUUUAUUGUUUAUUUUUUCCAUUCUCGCUGCAUUUGUCUCUCCCUUGUUUAUUAGUUAUCGUCAGCGUCUCCUAGAGCUUCCUGGCACCAAGAAGCUAAUUUACACGCUCGUAACACCAGCUAUCCUCUCGUUUCUUCUUCUUUACCUCCCCAAUCUGUUAGUUGCUUUCUUCUGUGGUACCACACAGUGCCCCGGAUAUGAAAAUCCAUUCACGAUCUAUUUCGUUAUUAUAAUAUCAGUAUUUGGCGGGUCCUGUGUUCUGUUUCUUGUCUCCCUUAGUAUUGCACACAUUUAUGAGUUUACAGAACAGCUCAAUCGAAAGUUUAGCCGCCCCAUUAUUAGGCUCAUGGCUCUCCCUUUGAUUAUCAAUCCUCUUGUUGCUCGUCUGUUGGUGUUCGACUUAUCUCGCAUACCAUACUUUUCGGUAGUUUACUCCGAGCUCAAUAACAGUUCUACGUCACAGGCACUUGUUCUGGUUGGCAUUCUUAUUAGCAUAAGUGGGCUGCUUACUGCCCUGGGACUGAUACUGAUAGUGGUCGGUAAGGGACACGAGCAUACGGCACAAGUGGACUUUGAAAAGAUAGGGAUAACCCUUAAGUCUCCAAAUGCAUCUCGGAAGGGCGCAGGUAGUCUUCAGAAGAAGCCCUUAAAAGAUGAUGAAGUGCUCCAUGAAAUCCCGAAGCCUUUUUCACGCGUGCUCGUGGAGCCAUCCGAUCAGUCCCAGAGCCAUGAAGAAGCUCAAAGCACGGGGGAUCAAAGCCACUGUCUGGAAAAGGCACAUCCUAAUCAUCCGACCACUGACAACGGUCCUUUAAGCCGAUCAAUUUAUCAACACGAGGUUGUCUGCGACUCGUCGACUCCCGCGUCUCCAGCAAGCAUUUCUCCAAACACUACUAUGACUAGCCAGUUACGUAGGCCAAGAGACAGCCUCACAGACCCUUAG